UACGGAUGUCAGUAUGGAUCCAAUGGCAAAUAGCCGCGUCACUGACGAUGAUAAUUCAGAAAAUCAGCUGAACCAGUCAGAGGGGGCAGAGUCAAGUGUUCGGCCGUCCUUGUCUGAGGUUAAGAAGUCCUGGGGCUUCAGGCGGACAACCAUUGCUAGAAGGGAGUUCCUGGAUGAAGUUGGAGACCUGGCUCACAGUCCUCCACUUGUGCGUAGAGGCAGAGGUCGUCGAAGCAACCAAACACAGCAGGCCACUCCAGAAACCCGUGCCAACCGCAGAGCUACUCAAUCAACGAGGAGUGUUAUAGAUGACCUUGAGUGGUCUGCCCCAUCCUCACCUGUAUCAGAGGAGAGCAAGCCAGCCUCAGAAACUUCUGCAGGAGGGAGCCUUGACCCCAGCUUAUGGCAAGAUUUUGGGUCUGCCUUCCACACGGCCUUCUCACUGCUAGGUGGGAAUGAGGGCUUGUCACUGGAAAUGCCAGAUGCGCUAGCAGUUCCUGACAUUUUGAAAGCCAGUGAUGCUGUUGAGGCCCCUCCUCCACAGGCUGUGGGUGAAACUGAGGUGACUGAUAGUGUGGAAUCUGCUGAUGACAUGGAGAUUUUGCAGCCUGUCGCACCUGACAAUGUGGCAGGAGGGGAAAUCGAGGAUGUGGUGUUGAUCUCUAGUCAAGAAGAGGACAGUGAUGAAAUGACUCUGAUACAGAUCAAGGAGCAGCUUGCAUCUAAAGGCAGGCAGGGAGACACUAGGGCUAAAGGGGGGAAAGGGGGAAGAGGAAAGGCCAGAGGAAGGGGGAGAGGCAGAGGUAGAGGUAGGGGAAAAGGUAGGGGAAGGGGCAGAGGAAGGGGCAGGGCAGUGGAGCUUCAGUCAAGCAUUGGAGAAGAUGAGGACAGUGAUGAGCUUGUGCUUGUUAAUCCAGUUGAAGAGCAGCUGCAGCGAGAGGAGGAAAAAUUAAACGAACCACAAUACAGUCCUGCUGAAACAGAGAGAUCACCUGCUCACUCUGCUAUCAGCCUGAGUCCUGCUGAGCGAUCAAACUCAGACUGCAUAAUCAUAGACUCUGAUUUAGACCAGGUUACUGUUGUAACUCCUGGCCAGUAUGACGAUGCACUAGAGGAGGAGGAGGAGGAGGAGGUGGAAGUGAAGAAGAAAGACGAUAUGAAUGUAGGAGAGUAUUCUGGUAUAUCAGACACUAAAGGUUAUGACCCCAAUGCUCUGUACUGCAUCUGUCGACAGAAACACGAUAAAAGGUUCAUGAUCUGUUGUGACAGUUGCCAGGAGUGGUUCCACGGCAGCUGUGUUGGCAUCAGCGAGACACAGGGCCGUAAGAUGGAGAGAAGAGGGCAAGAGUAUAUGUGCCCCCCUUGCACUACAAAGAAGCAGAGCCAACCCCAACCUGAGCCUCACCCUCAGCCAGAGCCUAAGCUCAGCUUUCCUGAAUGCUUGACACUAAGUCCUUCUGGUGAAGAAGGGGAGGGACAUGAGGAGCAGCAAGCCCCCAAGGAGACUGUAGUGAUGGUGGAGGAGGACGAGGAUGACGAGGCUCCUGUAAUGAGACCAGAGCCUGAACCCGAAGCUGAGAUGGAAACAGACAGCUCCCUUCCUCUAUGCAUUGGGCCUGGGUGCUGCAGACAAGCCCUACCGGACUCUGUUUACUGUGGCACUGACUGCAUCCUUCAGCACGCUGCCGUCACUAUGAAGACUCUUUCUGGCCCUAAGGUUCCAAAGUCCAAAGGACGGCCACAGAGAAAAGCUGCUGCCACUGCCAGACCCACUGCAAAGGGUCAAAGAUCGGGUAGGAUGUCUAAGAGAUUAGCAGGGAAAGCGGAGGAGGAAGGUGAAGAGGAGGAAAUGAAGGAAGAUGAUGGAGGGCAGAAGGAGGCUGCAUCUCCCUUAGCCUGCGACCCCAGUCUCACAGAAGCUCAGGCCACUCCCCUACCAUCAUCUAUGUUUUACACAGCGUCUAAAACGGACAGCAAGCAGGUAGAGGUUGACCGUGAGGAUGUAACUCCUGCAGAGGACACCUCUGCAGAUGCUGCUCCGUCUUCCCAGCAUGCUGCUGAGCCAGCUGCACCACAAAGCCACUGUCCAGAAAAACAAAAGGACCCAAUCAACAGUGGUGUGCCUAAGCAGCAAUCUGCAGAAUCAAAUCCCUGUAUACCCCCCAACGCAGUAAAAUCUAGUCUUUCUCCAACUGCACAAUCCCCAUCCACCUCAGCUCCCAGACUUCAUGAAACAGGGGCCCUUAUGGUCACUAAGACCACAUACGUCAUACCAAAGAAGUUGUCUGCACCCCAGCCUCCAUCCAGCCACGUGUCAGCCUCAGUAUCUUGCCAGAAGCCUCCUUCAGCCCCGACGCUGCUGAGUGAAACCAGAAAUCUGCCGGUGCCACCUGCACCCAGUGCUCCCUCCUCCAGACCCUCUCAGCCCAAUAACCAGGUCAGACAGAGCAUCCAGCGUUCCCUCACCAGCAUCCUGUUCAAAAGGGUGUGUGAUUGUGAGGAUUUGGAGAUGUCUGAGAGUGAAGUUGCAAAGCUUGUCGCAAGCAUUGAGAUGGAGAUGUUUGACAUAUUUCGCAACACAGACAGCAAGUACAUGAACAAGUACAGAACUAUAAUGUUCAACCUGAAAGACCCAAGAAACAAGGGCUUGUUGUAUCGAGUUGUACGUGGAGAGAUUAGUCCCUUCAGACUGGCCAGGAUGAGCCAAAAGGAUAUGCAGGCUAUCAAGACAUCAGAGCCAAAUGCAAAAGAAACAACAGAGGUUAAGGAAGCCGCCAAAGCAUCAAGUUUGCAGCCGAGGCCUGAAGCAGUGAAGGUUGAUUUGCCUAGUUUGAAUCCAGCUAGACCUGAUAGAAGCACGGAACAGAAGAAAAAUCUUCCUGCUCCUGCUCCUGUUCCUAAGACCAUAACAAGCCAGCCAAGCCAAAACAGUGCUGUACCAGAUAUUCUCACCUGUAUGCUUAAGGACACAACAUCAGAGCACAAAACUCACCUCUUUGACCUGAAAUGCAAGAUAUGUACAGGUCAAAUACUAGCUGGGGAUGAGGAGGAACCUGCAAAGAAAAAACCCAAGGUUUCUGAAGCAAGAGAUAAAUAUGAACCCUCUUGGAGAAAGUCUGCAGGAGAUGACUCCCCUCUGCGAGCACCACCUGACUCACCUGACAUGGAUUCUCCAACAUCAUCCCUGAUGGGUCCUUCAUCCCGUCUUAUCAUUGACUCUCCAGUAUUGACUAUAGUAGAAUCCCCUGCUUCUCCCACAAUGGAUUCUCCAGCCUCGCCUACUUUGGAGUCUCCUGCAUCCCCUGUCCUGGAGUCCCCUGCAUCCCCAACUCCAGACACUCCUAAAGCUACUACAACCAAGAGAGCAUAUACACCAGUUGUGAUUCCAGCAGUCUCCACAGUAACCAUCACAAGACGUGACCCCCGCACUGCAGCAAGCAGGUUAUCUGCUCUGUCUAGUGGCAAAUCUGGUCCAAGUAACGCAACUCAUAACCAUGGAGCCCCCUAUGCUCCACUUAAAGAGACUAGAUCGGCCUCGCCCUCAGCACCAGCCUCCUCACUCCCACCAACAAAAACAAUACCUAAAUCUAUCUUAAUGAAGCCAUCUUCUUCUGCAGAUCCCAGACUCUAUGGCUCAUCCUCAAGGACCAUGACAUCUGAAACCCCACCGGAUGGUGAGACUGCGCAGUUCUUGGCUAAGCAAGAUAUAGUGUGGAAAGGCUUCCUUAACAUGCUCACUGUUGCAAAGUUUGUCACCAAAGGAUAUCUGGUUUCAGGAUCUGCUGAAAAUCUUAAAGCGGAUCUACCUGAUACCAUACAAAUUGGAGGACGAAUCCUGCCUCAAAUAGUGUGGGACUAUGUUGCAAAACUAAAGACCUCUGUAACAAAAGAAUUAUGUGUGAUCCGGUUUCACCCUGCAACUGAGGAGGAAGAGGUGGCCUAUGUCUCCUUGUUUUCCUAUUUCAGCAGCAGAGGUCGUUUUGGUGUGGUUGCCAAUAGCAGCCGUUCUAUCAAGGAUAUCUACCUUGUCCCACUCAGUGCAAAAGAAUCAAUCCCAUCCAUACUACAACCUCUUGAAGGACCAGGGCUUGAAAAAAAACGGCCCAAUCUUCUUCUGGGUCUGGCAGUUGUUCAGAAGGUAAAACGUCCAGAAAGCUUCCCUCAGGAAAUUGAGGAGAAGAGACCCAGAGUACACAUGUCUAAAGACCCCAUGUGGAUCCCAAAACCUCCAGUCCUCUAUGGCUCUGACAAAUUGGAGAUAUUCCAACCCUACGAUCCAGAGACUCCUGCUAACACCACCCCUCCUGGUUCACCAUCAUGUCCUGGGUCACCAUCAGAGUCUUCCUCAUCUGGCUCAGUUACCAUACCAUCUCUUUUGACUUCCAUUCGAGCAAAACCUCCAGUUUCUACCUCAGCCACUGUUGAUGCCACUCAAGCCACCUCUAGUACCAUCUCUGACAAGAAUUCCACAACAGCAUCCAGUGAUGAGACACCACUGCAGACUAUCUUGAAGAGUUUGUUUCACAAUAAGCAAACUGACUCCAUGACCUCUUCUAACGAAAGUUCUACAACAACAAAAGUUAGUGUUAAGAACCUUCAAGUGUUUUCUAGGGUGUCUGGAUCAAUGGUGGACCCAAUUGUCCAACAGUAUGGACAGAAAUCCAAAGUCAAAAAAGUAGAGGAAGAGGAAAAUGACUUUGACCGACCAUAUGAUCCAGAAGAGGAGUAUGACCCAGCAGUGGGAUAUAGAAUGGCUGCUCCACAGAGCGUAGAAAGAAAAAAGGCAGUUGGCCCUGCAGUAUCAGGCUUUGUAGAUGAUGAUGUGGCCUAUGAUCCAGAGGACGAGACUAUCUUUGCAGAUAUUCAAAGUGAUGCUGGAGCAAAUCUACCUAUUUCAACUCAAAUGUCAAAUUCUCCAUCAGGCCAAACCCCAGUUUCCAGUCAAGUUGUAACACCAGCUCCCACUUCUACUCCAGCCCAAGCGUCUUCCCAAGCUGAAGUAACGCAGAGCCUUCCUACAGGAACUGUGGUUGUCUCAGCUGCAACACUUACAGAACAACAGCGGAUGCUUGAGGAGCUGAAUAAGCAGAUUGAAGAGCAAAAGCGGCAGUUGAAGGAGCAGGAAGAGGCACUACGUCAACAGAGAGAGGCUGUGGGUAUGUUCAUGGCUCACUUUUCUGUUUCUGAUUCCCUGAUGUCUCCCCCGCCAAAAUCUUUGCCUGUCAGUCAACUUUCAUCUCUGCAGAGUGGCACGAAACAAACAGAGUCAAGGCCUUCAGAAUCAACAGAUAAAACAAGCAACCUUAGAGAGACUGUGGACAGUUCAAAUGUGGAUUCACAAACUUUAAAGACAGAAGACACAACUGCAAUCCCUAAUUUAGAAAAUAAUACAGAUACUGUUACAGAGCAAGAUGAAAUACAGGAAAAUGUUAAGGAAAGUGACAAGUAUUCCUCUGCUGGAGAGAUUGAAGAUUCUGAUGUAGCUUAUGAUCCUGAGGAUGAAUUCCUUUUUAAUGAAAUUCAAGAGGAGGUAUUUCAAGGAGACAGUAAAAAGACUUUUGAUUCAUCAUUGUCUAGAGCAGGGCAUCGUGCCUGCCACAAGGGCACUGCUCAGAAUUCACACCACAGCAGAAAGCGAAGGCAGUCACCAAAGAGACGGAGUCAUCGUGAAAGAGACCGCCAUAGAAGUCCUUCAAGAAAGUCACAGCGGCGUUCUCCUUCACAUACCCAGAGACGCAGAGAAAGGGAUAGACACAGAAGAAGUGAAAGGGACAGGUCCAGGCAUAGAGCUAGAGACCAGUCUGAACGGCAGGGUCGCCACCGUAAGGAGCAUACUACACGACGACAUUCUCAUGGGCGCAGAAGAUCCCCAUCAUCUCCUAGAAAAAAAGAUUCUGUAUCACUUUCACCUAAACACACAGAACAUUCCCCUCAACUCCUUGAGAAAUCAUCUACAUCAGGUACCAUUAAAAAUGACCCUGAUGGAGACAGUAAUCUUGUUGAAAGACCGGAUAAAGGCUUUUAUCCCUGUUCACAUGAACUUCUUCACAAUGUGAAGCUUGAGAUUUCAGAACCACCAACAUCCCAGGACCUUCAAACAAAUUCACUCAAUGACCAUGAUGACACAGCUAGAGGAUCAUCUACACAGGUGGAUAAGCCCUCUCAACAGGAAAAUUUGCUUAUAAACAAAAUUGAAAGUACAGUUCCUCUAAGAGUAAUUGAUCCACCCAUUCGAGAUUCUCCUCAGAGCCCUGAUCCAGAGCCACAGUUUGUGAGACCUAGUAGCAUAGAAAAGAGUGAGGAAAUCAGACCUAAUGAGACAUAUACAAGUGUCUCAAUGCCACUUGUUAAAGUUGAAAAUAGUUGCUUGCCUAUUGGUGGUCAAGCAACACUGUCCAAUAUGACGUGGCCUACUGUUGGAGGCCCAGUAUCUAAUGUUAGAAAUUUGGAUUUUAGAGAUGUACAGGAUCCAGGUGUCAGAGAUCAAGGUAUGACAGAGGCAGACAAACAGAUAGAAGGGCAAAGUCCAGGCUUAAAGCAUCCAGAAAUCCUUGGUCAAGAGAGAGGACAUUCAAAUCCAGCCACAGGUCCAGAUAUUCAGGGCGCAAGACCUGAUGUACACCCUGUUCCAAAGCAUCUAGGAUGUGGUAUCAGUGGUCCAGGUAUUAGGUAUCCAGGGUCAAAUAUGAAAGAACUUGGACACUGGGGAGCACAGGUACAUCUAAGAGAAACAGGAAUUAGAUCCCCAGGGCCUGACAUGAGAGGUCCACGCAUGCAAGGCAUAAGCCCCAGCAUUUGGCUUCCUGAACCACACGUACACAACCUAGUUAUAAGCAGUCAGGAGAAAUAUGCAGGGGGCCCAGGGAGAGGGAUGCUAGGUUUGGAGACAAAUUUGAAUGAAGCACAUGUUCAACAUCACAAUACUGAUAAAAUUGGUUCAGGGCCGGUCAUGAGAGGUUCCGAGAUGAGGAGUCCAGUACAAGGUAUAGAAAAUUCUAGUAUGCAAGGUGCGAACCCAGAGGUGAAAGGUCGAGGAUCAAGUCUACAGAAUGAGAUUAGAGAUCCAGUCAUGAAGGGCCAUGCAUUAGACAGAUCCAGUCCAGAUACAAGGAGGCUGAUGGUAGUUAAUGAGAGAAGCCAAGAUGUUAAUUGUCUACAGAAGGGUUUACUGUGUCUUAAAACAGAGGAGCAUAGAUCACAACCAGAAAACCCAAAUGGUAGGCCAGGUGUUAUAGCAUUAGGGAGAGAGCAAUCUUUUGGGGCUCUAUCAAAAGAUAGAGGUGAAAGUCCACAUAUUGGGGGUAUGACAUCUGCUAUCAGGGAUGGAGGGCCAAGAGAUCCAAGUCCAGAUAUAAGGAGUCCAAGUCCAUCUUUUAGGGGCUCAGUUCAAAGGCCCUCAAGGCAAGAUGGCAGUCCAGUGUUAGAAAAAAGGGGCCCUCAGAAAAGGGGUUUUCAGCCACAUGGAAAAGAAGCAGACUUGAGCAGGGUGGAUGGUGGUCAAGAAAGCAGUUUGGAUUUGAACACAUCUACUGGUUCAGAGUCUAGAGUUCUAAGAGCAGAUAGACUAUCCCAAGCAAUAACAGAUGUAAAGUGGGGCUCACAAAGAGGGCGAGAUGUGCCCAUGACAGGACCAGGGUCAAACAUAAAUUAUGAAACUGAUCGGUCAAACAUGUCUUGCAAUAAACAAGACAGUAGUGGCCUAGCUAUUCAGGCUGCAAAGAAUGUGCUUGGCCCUGAGAUGAGAGAAUCAGAAUCUUUGCAUGAAUUAACAAGGCCAGAUAUGACAGAACAUAAUUAUAUGGGGCCAGGACAAGAGAUGGGUAGUAUGGGUGGCCCUGAUAUAAAGGGUGUUAGAAGUGAGUCAUAUGCAAGGAGUUUAGGCAGAGACAUUAUAGAAACAGGUCCAAAUAAGAGGGACACAGACAUGCAGGGAAGAAAUAUAUGGCUAGAGAGGAGAAAUGAACAAAUGGGUCAAGAAGACAGAGGUCCCAUUCCAAACAUUACAAGUCCAGACUGGGGAGGUCCAGGAUCAAGUCACGUUGGUCCUGAAAUGAAGGGUCAGAGCAAUCAAAAUAAAGACCUGGGUCAACAUAUGAGGGAUCCAGAUUGGAAUAGCCGAGGAUCAGAAGCAAGAGAUGAUUGGAAAGGAUCUGACAGGAGAGGAUCAGGUCCGGUUAGAGGAGGACCAUUUAUUCAAGAUGAAUGGACAGUUCAUCGGCCCAAUAGAAGAGGUCCAAACAUGGAGGACUUGAGGCAUGACAGAAGAGGACAAGGGUGUCCUGAUUUCAUGGCACCGGGACCUGAAAGGAGAGGUUCUGAUAUAGAGGUCCCAAUGCAUGACAGGAGAGGACCAGGAGGUCCAGAUUUCAGGAGACCAGAGCCUGAAAGGAGAGGUCCAACUAAUGAUAUCCUAGGACCUGGUAUGAGUGGAUCAGGGGGUCCAGACUUUUUGGGACUUGACCCUGAAAGGAGAGGUCUGCCUAUGGAGGGUCCUGGGCCUAACAGAAGAGGAUCGGCGGAUCCAGAUUUCAGGGGACAGUGGCCUAAGAGGAGAGAUCCUGAUAUGGCUGGUCCAGGGCCUGACAGGGGAGGACCAGGAGAACAUGAUAUCUGGGGACCAGGCCCUGAAAGGAGAGGUCCAGCUAUGGAUGGUUCUGGGUCUGAUAGGCAAGGACCUGGAGGUCCAGAUUUCAGUGAACCAAGGCCUGAAAGGAGAACUUUACCUAUGGAUGGUCCUGGGCCUGCCAGGAGAGGACCUGGAGGUCCAGAUUUCAGAAGACCUGGGCCUGAAAGAAGAGGUCCUGCUAUGGAAGGUCCAGGAACUGACAGGAGAAGACCAAGAGGUCCAGAUUUCAGGGGACCAGGCCCUGAGAGGAGAGUUGUGCCUGAGAGAAGUUUAUCUUUGGAGUGUUCUGGGCCUGACAGUAGAGGUCCUGGAUGUCCAGAUUUCAGAGGGCAAGGACCUGACAGAAGAGGACCUGGAAUUCCAGAUUUCAGUGGACCAGGGCCUGAUAGGAGAGGUUCUGCUAUGGGUGGUCAGGGACCUGAAGGCAGAGAAUCCAGAAUUCCAGAUUUUAGUGGACAUGAAAGGACAGGUUGGAUUAUAGACAGUCAAGAGCCUGACAGGAGAGGACCAGGAUGUCCAGAUUUCCAGGGACAAGGGCCUGAAAGGAGAGGACAAGGCGUUCCAGACUUAAGACGGCCUGGAUGUGAAAACAGAGGCCCCUUUAUGCAGGUUCAAGAGCCUGACGGGAGAGAGCCAGGAGAUCAAAACACUGGUGGACUGGGUCCUGACAGGAGAGGACCAUAUAUAAGGGGUCCUGGGUCUGACUUAACAGGACUGGGCUCUGAACAAACUGGUCCAGGUAUGGAAGGUCCAGGGCCAGGACAGGGAGGACCACACUUCAGGGGUUCUGGGCUAGAAAGGGGACAUACCAAUAUGGAGGGGCCAGAGCCUGAUGGUAGAGGUCCAGGCUUUAGGAGACCAAAGCGGGAAAGAACAGGUUCUGGUUUGAACUGUCCAGGGCCCAACAGGAGAGGGCCAGGAGGUCCAAACAUCAGGAGACCAGGGCUUCAGCAUUCAAGUUCAAACAUAGAGGGCCCAGUACCAGACAGGAGAGGUCCAGGAGGUCCAAAUUUCAGAGGACCUGGGCCAGAAAAAAGACCUCCAGACAUGGAGGCAACAGCCAACAACAGAUGCUUUCCAGGAGGCCAACAAUUCAGGGUUCCUGAGCCAGAAAGAAGACCUCCAGAUAUGGAGGGCCAAGAGUCUCAUAGCAGAGGUCCACACUUCAUAGGAGUAAGGCCUGAAAGAACUGUCUUGGAGGGUCCAGGUCCUCAUAGGAAAGGUCUAAGAGGUCCAGAUUUCAGAGGACCAGGUUGCGAAAGUAGAGGUCCAGACAUUGAGGGCCCAGAACCUGACAGACAAGAACCAGGAGGGUCAUGCUUCAGGGAACUUGACCCUGAAAGGAGAGGUCCGGAUAUGGACGACCCAGGAACUGAUCGGAGAAGAUCAGGUGGUCCAAAUCUUAGAGGCCAAGGUAUCAGACAGAAAGGUCCAAAUGUAGGUCUAAGACAUAAAAGGGAUGACUGGGGAGGGGCUGACUUUCUUAGGUCAGAAUCUGUCCAUGAAAGCUCAGACACAGAGGGCCCAGGGCCUGGUAGAAUAGGUCGAAACGUGAAAGGUCCUGGGCCUAUAAGGAAAAAUAUUAGAGGACCAGGGCCGGAUAUAAGCAGUCUAAAUUGGGGAGAUGGGUGGAAAGGACCAGAUUUCAGAGGCUCUGCACCUGGCAGAAGAGGCACAGGCACAGAGGAACAAUGGUCAGAUGGAAGAGGGCCCAAUAUGGAGGCUGUUGAAAUUGAAAGAGAAUGUUCAGGAAAUGAUUGGAAAAGACAUGGCAACAGGGGUCCAGGGUCUGCCUGGGAAGGUCCAGAUGAGCAGGUUCAAGAACAUGGCAGGCAAGGUCCUCCUAUGGAAUGGAGAGGCCCUGGAAGUAGGGGGCCAAAGCCAAUACAUGAAAGACCAAAUAUGCGAUUUCCAGGGCCUUUGAGAGGUCCAGGAGAUGAUUGGAGUGGUUCUCAGUGUAGGGGUCCAGGGCCUGUCCAGGAAGACCCAGAUAUGGUAUUCUCAGUGCCUGGUAGUGGAGGACCUGGAAAUGAAUGGGGAGAGCCUGAUAGAAGGGGUGCUGAGCCAAACAGAUGGGAGCCUGGUCCAUUUUUUAGAGGGGAAAGAGAUCCAGUCAAUGGAGGACAAGGCCAAGAUAGAAGAGGUCCACACAUGAGAGGACCAGGAUCAGAUAUGAGGGGGGGUCUAGAUAUGGGGAAUGACUGGAGGCAGCCAGACUUCAGGGAUAACAUGAGAGAGCCAAACAUGGAUGGACCUGGGGCUAAUAGGGGAGGCCCAGACAUGAUGAAUUCAUGCCCAAAUAGGAGAGGAUUUGAGAUGGAAGGUCUUGAUAGAAGAGGCCCCAGAGGUCCACAAUUAAGACACUCAGGGCCUGAAAACAGAAAUUCAAACAUUGAAGGUCCAGGGACUGUUGAGGAGUUUUCAGAUUUUGGUGGGCUAGGAUCUGAAAGGCGAGGUGUAGACAUGGAAAGCCCUGGAACAGAUAGAAAAGGAUUUGAUGAUUUUAGGUGGGAAAGGAAAGGUCCAGACAUGAGAAGGCUAGGGCCUGAUAAAAUGGACAUGAGGGGCUCAGCACCUGAAAACCCAGACCUAAGACAUGGACCUGGGAGAUGGGAUACAAUCACUGAGGGCCCAGGGUUAGACUCCAGGGGAUCUGAACCAGAAUCACCUCAUUUCAGUAGUCAUCAUGUUGCCAGAUUCCAAGGCUCUGGUGAUCCACAUUCCCGACGGUACGGCGGGCCCUUUGGUCCAGCUCAAAUCAGUGGAGGAAACUCGUGCCCUGGUCAAAAUCAGCAAGCAGUAAAACCCCAGAGACACAAAGCUGCCUUACUUCCCACUCCCACAGAGGGUCUCAUACGCUUCCCAAAUCGAGUGAUCAACAGGCCUGAUGUCUUUAGCCCGAAACGAAAACAAACAGGUCACCCAACAGUCAGGGAGUGGAGUAGAGGCAGACCAGUGAGUCACAAAAGAGAGUUUGUCAAAGGACACCGACAGGAGCAGGAUAAAAGUCCUGCUGGUAAGACAAGCAUACCUGUAGUUGCAGCCACAUCGGGGGGAGAAGAAAAAAAGAAAGAGGGCAAUGAAACUAAUAAAUAGGUGAUUCAUGGUACACGUAUAGAAACUAAAACCAAACAAGGUAUGGACUCAUGAAAAUAGAGGGAAUGUAGAGCCCUGUUAGACCCCAUCAUGGACCUCUCAUGACAAAUAGGCUGAUGAACUACAAAAAUCGUAAAGCCUUAGUGUCACAACAUUGGAUUGAGAUACUACAGCAUAAGAGACACUGAAUGUAUUUUAUUUUAUUUUUUUGAGGAAAGUGGCUGUCCAUGUCUUACAUCCAUUUCAACACAACCCAAGCCAUACGAAAGAUCAGACAUCGUGGCUUGAUGUGGAACUGUUGGGAGGUAUAUGACCUCAUUAUGUUGUAGUUUAUCUUGUAUUCAAAGUAGAUAUGUUUAUUUUUGUUCAAACAUAUCAGUUAAGGUUAAGAGACCUAAUGCUUCCAAACCUUAACUGGUCACUUGUAAAUUAAACUACUCAUUUCUUGUCAGAAAUAUUUUGUACAGAAAAUGUAAAGUUUUUGUUUCUUUGUUUUUUUAACAUAGCCAUAGUGUCAGUACAGUAGCCUUCAUCUGACUUUUAUGUUCUUCUGCUGAUAAAUAAAAGUUUGUUUCCUUGUUCUUUCAGAAUGCAAGAAUUCAAUAAAAUGAGACAUACCC